ACAGGAAGAUUAUUUAUUCUGCAGAUCAGCUGGUGUUGGACACUUCCAGUUAUGGCUUUCAGGGUGAUCUUCACAGCAGCUGUGCUGAUUCUGCUGACACAAGCAGGUGAUGAGGGGGAUGAUGAAGGUGCCAACUCUGAUCGUGGCAGCCAUGCUGGUGCUGCUGCCCUCCUAAGGCAUUCUGAUACUGUCCGUCAAGACAACAACCUAGAUCCCAUUACCAUUGUGGUAAAGAACAAGUUUCAGGGAGUGAAGAAGACCUAUAAUGCUUCUGUGGCUUACAGAGGGAUACUGAUAGGAGCCAUGAAGAGACUCAGGAAAUCUAAUGCUAACUUCAAGUUCACUUACAAGGAGGAUUUAAACUAUGGUCCUUACCUGGAGAGUAUCAACGGUGUGCCUGGAAAAACUGAAGACCAUACUUACUGGGAACUGCUGGUCAUAAAGCCAAAUGGCAGCGUCAUAAUUCCAGAUGUUGGAAUUGGAUGUUACAUUCCUAGUCCCAACGAGCAAAUCCUCUUUAACUUUACAAAAUGGUAGGAGGCUCCACAGUGGUGUAGUGGUUAGCACUCACUUCCCAGAAGAAGGCCCUGAUUCUGAUCCAAAGAGGGUCUUUUCUGUGUGGAGUUUGCAUGUUCUCCCCGUGCUUGUAUGGCUUUUCUCCGGGUCCCCCAGCUUCCUCCCAGAAUUAAAAUUCAUAAGUUAGUUGGUGAAUUUACAUAGUCACUUUGGUGUAAAUGUGUGGUUGGUUGUUUGUCUCAUUGUUGCCCUGCAAUGGACUGGCAAACUAUCCAGGGGUAACCCCACCUUUCUCUGUCAGGAAGUUUUGUGGAAUAAAGGCAUUACAAAGUAAA